UUUAGGCAGUUGCAGCCAUAGCCAGUUCCCUUGAAGCGAAACCGGAUGCCUUGACUCCACUGAACAGCUUGCCGUGACCAGAGUUGAACUCGUUUACCUUCUGACAGAACCAGCUCUAGAGGAGAGGAACGUUCCGCGGUGACAAUGGGAGUACCCAAGUUCUACCGCUGGAUCUCCGAGAGAUACCCGUGUCUGUCCGAGGUGGUGAAGGAGCACCAGAUCCCAGAGUUUGAUAACCUCUACCUGGACAUGAACGGGAUCAUCCACCAGUGCUCCCACCCCAACGAUGAGGACGUCCACUUCCGCAUCUCUGAGGAGAAGAUCUUUGCAGAUAUCUUCCACUACCUGGAGGUCCUGUUCCGCACCAUCAAACCCCAGAAGGUGUUCUUCAUGGCGGUGGAUGGCGUGGCUCCCAGGGCCAAGAUGAACCAGCAGAGAGGACGCCGGUUCAGGUCUGCCAAGGAAGCAGAAGAUAAGAUCAAGAAAGCUCUGGAGAAAGGAGAGAUCCUCCCCACAGAGGCUCGCUUUGACUCCAACUGUAUCACCCCAGGUACGGACUUCAUGGCACGGCUCCAGGACCAGCUCCAGUACUUCGUGAACAGCAAGCAGACGUCAGACCGCAGCUGGCAGGGUGUCCAGGUGUACCUGUCCGGGCACGAGACUCCGGGGGAGGGGGAACAUAAGAUCAUGGAGUUCAUCCGCUCAGAGAACGCCCGGCCAGGUCACGACCCCAACACCCGCCACUGCCUAUACGGCCUGGACGCAGAUCUGAUCAUGCUAGGUCUGACCAGCCAUGAGCCUCACUUCUCCUUACUGAGGGAGGAAGUUCGCUUUGGAGGGAAGAAAUCCCAGAAGAGGAUAACUGCCCCAGAGGAGACCACCUUUCACCUGCUGCACUUGUCCCUGAUGAGAGAAUACAUAGACUACGAGUUCUCUGCUCUCCGGACCCAGAUCGGGUUCCCGUACGACCUGGAGCGGAUCAUCGAUGACUGGGUCCUCAUGGGCUUCCUGGUGGGGAACGACUUCAUCCCUCAUCUCCCUAACCUCCACAUCAACCACGACGCACUGCCCCUGCUGUACCGGACCUACAUCAGCGUGCUGCCGCAGCUGGGAGGUUACCUGAACGAGAACGGACAUCUGAACCUCGGGAACUUUGAGAAGUACCUUGAGAAGCUCUCGGAGUUCGACAGAGAACACUUCAACGAGGUGUUUGUGGACCUCAAGUGGUUCGAGAGCAAAGUGGGCAACAAGUACCUGAACGAGGCGGCCGGACAGGCGGCCGAGAAGGAGGCCGGCAGCAAGAAGGCCAAGAAGAGAGAGGAGGCGUCUCUCUGUCUGGCAGGGCUGGCCUCAGCCAAUAAGGAGCCCCCAGAGGAAGAAGAGGAGGAAGAUGACAUAUUUGAGUCUGAGCUUCGGCAGUACAAACGCACCUACUACAUGACCAAGAUGGGCGUGGACGUAGUGUCAGAUGAGUUCCUGUCCGGCCAGGCCCGGUGUUACGUGGAGGGGAUCCAGUGGAUCCUUCACUACUACUACCAUGGAGUCCAGUCCUGGAGCUGGUACUACCCCCACCACUACGCCCCCUUCCUGUCCGACAUCAGGAACAUCGCUGACCUGAGGUUGACCUUUGACCUAGGCCGACCCUUCAUGCCCUUCCAGCAGCUGCUGGCCGUGCUACCAGCAGCGAGCAAAGACCUGCUACCCCAGAGCUACAGGCCCCUGAUGACCAGUGAGAGCUCGUCCAUCAUCCAGUACUACCCGCUGGACUUCAAGACGGACCUGAACGGGAAGCAGCAGGAGUGGGAGGCUGUGGUGCUCAUCCCCUUCAUCGACGAGAGGUGUUUGUUGGCAGCGAUGGAGCCGUGCAACGAGCAUCUGACUAAAUGGGAGAAGACGAGGAACCGACACACCGAGUGCAUCGUCUACACCUACGACACAGACGUAGACUUAACCUACCCCUCCCCACUGCCCCUGCAGUUCCCCAACAUCACGCACUGCCAUGUCAGGGCGACGGCCGUGCCGAUGGACGCCUGGCACGUAUCCAUGGCCCACGUGGGACGACCCAUUGACUGCUCGGCGCUCUACUUCUGUGGCUUCCCCACGCUGCAGCACAUCAAACACAAGUUCUAUAAGAAGAAGGGUGGAGUGAUGGUGUUCCAGCAGCCCAGCAGAGGAGAGAACACCAUCCUGGAGAUCAUCCAGCAGGAGGAGCCACUGUGUGAGGAGGUGGCCGCCCGGGUCCUGGGGAGGCCGGUCUUCGUCAGCUGGCCCCACCUGGAGGAGGCCCGCGUGGUGGCGGUGUCAGACGGGGAGACCAGGUUCGUCCUCGAGGAACCCCCCGGGGUCCAGAAGGUCUACGAGCGGCCCUCCAGCCCCCCUCCAACCAGGACCUCACACCUCUCUGACAAGGACCACAAGGACUGGGUGAAGGACGUCCAGGGGAACACGGAGCACUUCAUGAAGAGGAAGGGCAUCGUGGUGAAGGAGACGGCGGUGGUGGUGUACGUCCAGCAGCUGACGGGGAGGAAGUACGUCCCCCUCCCCGACGGGUCGGUGGUCCUGGAGAAACAGUGGUCCAGACAGGUCCUAAACUUCCCCUACCAGACCGUGGUCAAGGACAUCGAGGCGUUUGAUUCGUGCCACGCCCGCUUCAGGACGCUGGAGGAGCUCUUCCCCCCGACCAGCAACGUGUUCAUGGUGGGACACCCCUACUACGGGGCCCUGGGAGAGGUGCUUGAUUCCAGUGAUGUCAUCAAAGAGGGCCGGGUCCGAGUCGUCUUCAACGUCCCGCAAGAACCACAGCUAGAGUCUCUGAUCCACAACCAGCAUAAGUUCUCUGUGCGCUACAGCCCCGGCUACAUCCUGGCGUCCCGUCUGGGCGUCACCAGCUACCUGGUGUCACGCUUCUCAGGGAGCAUCUUCAUUGGCCGAGGAUCCAAGAGGAACCCGUGUGGUGAGCAGAAGGCAGAGGUGUAUAGUAACCUGCCUGUCUGUCUGUCUGUCAGCCCGUGUGGUGAGCAGAAGGCCAACGUGGGGUUGAACCUGAAGUUCAACAAGAAGAACGAAGAGGUGCCGGGCUACACCCGGCGGACGGAGAAGGAGUGGCUCUACUCCUCUGCCGUGGAGGAGCUGCUGGGGGAGUACCUGGACAGGUUCUCGGAGGUGUUCGACCUGGUCUCCAGGAACAGUCAUGAUGAUGUGUUCUAUGAAGAUGACAUCUGGCCUGCAGCGGAACACAAUGGGGCCCAGAAGGUCUCUGAGAUCACUUCCUGGCUGCGGGAGCAUCCUGUCAGCCUGGUCGGACGCACGUCAUGUGACCUCCAGGUGCUGGACGGCAACAUCGUGGAGAAGAUCGAGGAGCAGGUGGAGAGGGCCAAGACUAAGAAGAGCAGUAAGAAGGUCCGUGUGACUGUGAGGCCUCAUCUCCUUUUCAAGCCCAUGGAGCAGCACCAGGGCGUGGUCCCCGACCCGGACGCAGAGUUCCAGCUGUUUGACCGUGUGGUCAACAUCAGGGACAGCUUCACCGUCCCGCUGGGCCUCAGGGGCACCGUGGUGGGCAUCCAGGGAGCUGCCAGGGAACCAGAAGUCCUUUAUGAGGUCGUGUUUGAUGAAGAGUUUGUUGGAGGACUCACCAUCAGGUGCACUAUGGGCCGUGGGUACCGCCUCCCCUCCUGCGCUCUGAUCAACCUGUCCCAUGGAGUCCGGGCGGAGAGCGGAGCGCACAAACUGACCGCCAUCGUGAAGCCCCAGCGCCAGGCCGGCCCCCCCCCCCAGAACAACCACAAGCAGCCCGGAGGGGGGAGGACAGAACCCCAGGGAGGCAGGAAGCCAAACACCAAGGUAAAAGAGGAGUUCACCAAUGCCUGGCAGACGGCAAAGAACGCUGGACCCCCUCAGAAACCCCCAGGACACUGGCAGAGCUCUGAAGGAAAUAUUCAACAGAAUAAACCCCAGCAACACACUACUCCUAACAACAAGACAGCUCCUGGUGGAUUCAGACUGUUGAAGAGAAAUGAAGAUGCCAACCCUCAUCUCCCUCCAAACAUCUCUGCUAGCAAGGCUUCCACUGAGUUUGAGGAGCUCAUCGCCAACCUCAAGAUCUCCCACAGCAACCAGCAGAUCUCCCAUGGCAACCAGCAGAUCUCCUAUGGCAACCAGCAGAUCUCCCAUAGCAACCUGCACGGCCCCGUCCCCCUCCCUCCUCCACAGCAAGCCAGCAACCAAUCAGACGGACCGCUGUCUCCACAGUCCUUCGCUAUGAAGGGGACCAUGGUGCUCAAGGAGAUGUUGAAGAUUGACAGCCCUAGCCCCGCCCCCUCAGGAAGCCAGCAACCAACCAGGAGACGGUCCUCUAAGAAGCUUGCGGCUCAGAUGAACGCCCCUCAGACUGAGUCACAUGUUGUGGGUCACCAGGCCACGCCCUUCCAGGCCACGCCCUUCCAGGCCACGACCUUCCCGGCCACGCCCCUCCAGGAUAAGCCCCUCCCCCUGGGUCUUGGGGCGGCGGGUCCUGGGGUGGCGGCGGAGCUCUCUAGGGUCUGCGUGGGUCUCGGCAUCGGAGCUCCAGACAUCAGCAGCAUGCGCACCAGACAGGGCCUGGUGGCCUGUCAGGUGAAGCUGUCUAACGGACUGGUCCUCCAGGGACCGCAGUGUCCCUCAGAACACGAGGCCAAGGAGAAGGCUGCCCUGCUCACCCUGCAGAGACUGACGUCGAUGGGGCUGGGCUUCCCCCUCCCCCCCUCCAUGUUCUCGGGGAUCGGAACAAUGAGGAGUCCUCACAUGGGAGCCACUCCCCCUCUGUUCAACCAAUCAGCAGGGGGCGUUCUGAUGCCCCCCCAGGCCUAUGGUCCCCUGUGGGGUCUGACCCCCCCCCACCCCAACCAGCCCUUCUUCAUGGGGCCGGGGACCUUCCCCGGAGCCGCCCGAGGUCCUGCCCCUGCCCGGGGCCCCGCCCCCUCCCCCUCCCUGCCCAUCGGAUCACAUAACCAGUUCGUUCCUCUACAGGUGACGAAGAAGAGGGUGUCCUCAAACAGGAAGGGCCAGGAUGGCAGAGAGUUCUACAGGAAGCAGAACCUGCCAACCGGCCAAUCACAGGCCACUAGCCAACACGCCGGCCAAUCACAAGGCCAGGGUAAAGUGGACCCACCCCCUGGCAAUAGAAGCCCCGCCCCCUCCGGCCAGCCUGAAGGCAUGGCCGCGACGACCACCCAAUACACGCCCCCCCGCCAAGCCCCGCCCCACACACCUGGCUCCGCCUCCAAGAGGAGAAACAGGAAGCUGGCGGUCAACUUCCUGCCGGCUAAAGUCUCUGAGUGACGCGUGUGGAGUGGAGGGGGAUGAGUUGACUCCUCCUCCUUGUCCUGAUCAUGUGUUACUCAUCUCGUUACUCGACCGCCAGCGACGCCCACUGACAGGAUGCUAACAUUAGGAAAGCAUUGUUUAACUAAUUCUAAAACAUUUAAUCCACAUUCAGAGAGACACAUGUUACUUACUGCCAGACAUUAUUCAUAAUCAGCCUUGGAUCUCAUCUUGUUUUAAGCCAAUUAAACGUCUUGAUAAAACAAAAAAUACUUUAUAAAUCCAUUUAUUCGUUUUAACUGUUGAGCAGCAAGGUUUCCACCUAAGUCUCGAGUAUCCAGUUGUGUUACCUUAACUGAGCUCAAUGUUGGGUUGUGUUAAUGUAACUACACUUGCAUUGUUGUUACCAUAACUAAACUCUGUAGCGUUGUAUUACCGCUACACUUCAAAAUGUUGUUGUACAAUAACUACACUCCAUAACAUUGGGUUGUGUUACCGUAACUACACUCUGUGAUGUUGUGUUACUGCUACACUCCCUAGCAUUCGGUUGUGUCACCCUAGCAUUGGGUUGUGUCAACCUAGCGUUGGGUUGUGUCACCCUAGCGUUGUGUUACACACCUCAGCUCUAAAUUAAUUCAUGACUAUCUCAAAGGAGGUGGAUUUUAAUUUUUGAUCACGAUUGUUUUAAUUCUUUAAGUCUGGAUAUUUUAAAGGCAGCGUGUUUCUUUGAGGAAAGCUGUUUAACUGUUUGUACACUGAUUGUUUGAAGGCUGUUUCCAGCUGCAUGUUGUCUUACUGCCAAGGAAUGUGCAGCAAAUAAAGUUUCUUUCUUAUCGCACAA